CUAAUUUACUACCCAACUGUAGUUCAACCUCGAUAAUCGACUAUCACAUCCCCGCACAUCUCAAUCUAAUCUGCUUAGCAGUUCUAGCCAAGAAGCAGAGUUCAGACGCACAUUGUGCAUGUAACCAUGACCACGCCAACGUUGAUCAACCUCCCCCCUCCUCCCUCCGACCCGGUGACCCCAUCUGAAAUGGGACCCGGAACGCCCAAUUCCACUACCACAUCCCUCUCCGCCCUCUCCACCACCGCCAUCAAAGAUGGCCACCAAGGCCAGCCCCUCUCCCACGGCCGUCAUGCGCACCACUCCUCUAACGCCUCCAUGAGCUCAACUAACACAUUGGAAGCCGAGCGUGCUGAUCGCAUCUCCCGCCUAGCCGGCCUAGAGCGGGUGGCUACUGCACGGGCUGGUGGCACACAUCCGGCCACUGCUACCUCGUUCCCAUACACCCCAGGGUACUUUGAUACGGGCGCCGGCUUAAAGGAGAGAAGCACUGUCGGAAGCGCCAGCGCGACGGGUAGCGUGGGCGCCCGGACUACAUGGGCCAGCGGGAGUGAUGCCUUUGACGCGGACAAAAUGAGUGAGGCGGAUGAUGGUGUCUCCAGCGUUGGUAACCUUAGCGAUGAAGGCGAUGCUAGUCUUGUCGGCUUUGGUGAAGGCGCGAGUACCAUGAGCGGACCGAUUUCACAUUCCGGCGUCAAUCGGGCGUCGCCAAGUGGGCGGCCGACGAGCUCCGUUGGGAGUCCCAGGCAGAGCCGUGCGAAUCCCCCGGCUUCUUAUUCACCACACCUGGGAUCUGCUACUCCAGAGCCUGCUCAGGAUGCCCGUAUGGUUGACGGAAUGACCUACGAUGCUGAUGUGGUCGACACCACCGCGCGGACUCCGAGGCUCGCUACUCCGGGCUUCGAGAGCGCUUCCAGCGAGCAUCAUUAAAGUUGUCACUGGUAGC